GCUGCUAUCAUAGAAUAGAAACAAACAGAUAUGGAAGAAGAAAAUCAUAUAAUAAGAAGAAGAAUUAUGAAAUGAAGGCAAAGGAAAGGCUACAAAUAAGAAUCUACCAAUCCUAUCGUCCAAAAUUUCUGUUUCCUGUUUGUUUAACCUGAUUCUUGUUCAGGAAAGUUCAGGCAAGGAAAAUGGUGGAGGUAGAAACUAAUGGGAUUCAUCGACCAGACAAGACGGAGUUGCCUGAGACAGAAGAGAUAAAUGAUUCACCAAUUGAGCAAGUCAGGCUUACAGUUCCAAUCACAGAUGAUCCAACAUUGCCAUGCUUGACAUUUCGAACAUGGGUUUUGGGGGUGAUCUCUUGUGCUCUCCUGUCAUUCCUGAAUCAAUUCUUCGUUUACCGACAGAAUCCUCUAUACAUAUCAUCGGUUGCAGCUCAGAUUGCAGUCCUCCCAAUAGGAAAGUUUAUGGCUGCAUCUUUACCAAACAAAAUAAUUUGCAUUCGAGGAACAAAAUGGUCAUUUUCAUUGAAUCCAGGGCCCUUCAACAUGAAAGAGCAUGUCCUCAUCACCAUAUUUGCCAAUUCAGGAUCAAAUCCUGUCUAUGCAGUGAAUAUUAUUACCAUUGUUAAGGCAUUCUAUCAUAGGGCUAUAAAUCCACUAGCAGCUUUUCUUUUGUCGCUGACUACACAGAUGCUUGGAUAUGGUUGGGCUGGAGUUUUUAGAAGGUUUCUUGUUGAUUCACCUUACAUGUGGUGGCCUGCCAAUCUGGUUCAAGUUUCGCUCUUCCGGGCCUUGCAUGAUGAUGAGACUAGGCCUAAGGGAGGCCUAACAAGGCUGCAGUUCUUCGUAGUAGUCUUUGUAUCGAGCUUCGCAUAUUAUAUCAUUCCUAACUAUUUGUUUCAAUCUAUAACUGCUCUCUCCUUUGUUUGUUGGAUAUGGAAAGAUUCCAUCACAGCCCAACAAAUUGGUUCUGGUCUUAAAGGACUUGGCAUUGGUUCUUUCGCCCUUGAUUGGUCAACCAUAUCUAGCUUCCUGGGAUCUCCCUUAGCCACACCAGGAUUUGCUGUAAUCAAUUUGUUGGCUGGUUUCAUCAUCAUCCUAUACAUCAUGAUCCCUAUAUCUUACUGGACUGAUUCAUAUGGAGCGAAGCGUUUCCCCAUUAUUUCGUCGCAUGUGUUCAAUGCAACCGGACAGCCCUAUGAUGUCGACUUAGUUCUAAAUUCCUCCUCCUUCUCAUUCAAUGAACCAGCUUAUGAUGGCUACAGCAAAGUCCAUUUAAGCAUAUUCUUUGUUUAUGCAUAUGGUCUCAGCUUUGCUAUAUUAGCAGCUACACUCUCUCACGUUGCACUUUUCCAUGGAAGAGAAAUUUGGCACCAAUCAAAAUUAGCACUCAAAGAUAAUUUUGGUGAUGUGCAUACAAGAAUAAUGAAGAAAAAUUAUGAAGUUGUACCUCAGUGGUGGUUCUAUACAGUGUUGAUCGUCAUAGUUGGACUUGCUAUGCUUGCUUGUGAAGGCUUUGGGAGACAGCUGCAACUUCCUUACUGGGGUGUCCUGUUUUCAAUUAGCUUGGCUCUCUUCUUUACCCUCCCCACUGGUGUUAUCCAAGCAACUACAAACCAGCAACCAGGUUUGAAUGUUCUCACUGAACUCAUAAUUGGUUACAUGUAUCCGGGCAGACCAUUGGCGAAUGUCGCCUUUAAGACCUAUGGUUAUAUUAGCAUGACACAGGCACUUAUGUUCCUUUCAGACUUCAAGCUGGGUCAUUACAUGAAAAUUCCUCCUAAAUCCAUGUUUAUUGUCCAGCUUGUAGGAACUGUAAUUGCAUCCUCAGCUUAUUACGGCACGGCAUGGUGGCUUCUCACUUCAGUAGAACACAUCUGUGAUCCUGAAAAGCUGCCAACAGGAAGUCCCUGGACGUGUCCAGGAGAUGAUGUUUUCUACAAUGCUUCCAUCAUUUGGGGUGUUGUAGGGCCAUUAAGAAUGUUCGGCCGUCUUGGUCUUUACUCUAAGAUGAACUACUUCUUUCUUGUUGGCCUACUGGCGCCGGUGGUAGUGUGGUUGCUGUCGCGCACGUUCCCGGACAAGAAGUGGAUAAAGCUCAUUAACAUACCUGUAAUCUUAAGCGGAACAGGGGCAAUGCCGCCAGCUAGAGCUGUGAACUAUAUAAGUUGGUUUACAGUUGGGAUUUUCUUUAACUUCGUGGUGUAUAAAAGAUACAAGAGUUGGUGGGCUAGGCACAACUACAUUCUAUCGGCUGGGUUAGAUGCUGGGGUUGCUUUCCUGGCCAUUCUUUGCUAUUUCACCUUGCAGCUCAAGAACAUAAAUGGACCAGAAUGGUGGGGUUUGGAGUUAGACGAUCACUGCCCUCUGGCCAAGUGCCCUACUGCUCCAGGAGUAGUAGCUGAGGGGUGUCCAGUUUUGUGAUGAAUGCUCCAAAACUGCCGGCCUUCUGUAGAGGAAGAAAGCAUCAUAUGUAUAUAGGGAAGGAAGUGUGAGCUCCCGUCUGGAUAAUUUACUUCCUGUUUGCGUAAUUUAAUUUCAAAGCCAAAGGCAACACAACACAACACAACUAUGGGAUUGUGUUAGUUGCCUGCCUGAGUUUUCUUGUGCUGGAUUUUAAAUUGUUUAGUAGAAAUGGUUAUAAAGUGAUAAUCCUAUGUCAACUCAUUAAAUUGUUU